AGCGAAACAAUUAAACAGAAUUGAUCGACGAGAGCUGCGAAGUUGUUGGUAACCGUAUUGAUUGAGGGGCUCUAUCGCAAUCUCUUGUACCAAUGUUGACUUUCCGCAAACGGACGUGAUUGAGAUAACCUCGGGUAGGGACCCAAGCUACUCAAGGAAACCUCCUUCUUUUGCGUCAGUUCAAUCAAGAACUGCCAAGACCGACAUGUUUUUUAAAUUUAUUUGUGAUAUGUACUUUAUGCCCACAAAAAAAGCAAAUGAAAUAGAUAGUGGAAUUUAAAUUACUUUCCGUUCAGUCGGCGUGUGCAGCGAGAUGGAUAUGAAGACAAGACCUGUGUUGGAGUGUCGGAUGCCCACGUUGGUGACCAAACCAGCGUUUCUUAUGCCGAUUGACGAGAUGCCAAAACAUCACAAACGUCAGGCGCUGGGGUUACAAAUGUUAGAAGCCAAUCCUCCACGUAGUCUGAAGGACCUCCGAAACAUCAUCGCAGCCGAACUUAAGCAGGUCACAAAGAAGCUUUCCCGCCUGGAGAGAGCUUACUAUGGAGUGGGAAACAGUAUACAAGACGAGGUCAACAGAUUUGUCGGUCCAAUUAAAGUUGUGAUGCGAAUGUUGACCAUUUUCGAUUUUUCUUCAGGAAGAGUGAUAGAGGAUGCCAUUAAGGCUGGUUUGGAUCCCAAAAAAUAUAAAGGGGAUCCGAACAAUAUAACGCUACUGAAGGACGUGUACACAAAGAUCAAACAAUACGUGCCGGAAAAGUUCACGGAAAUAUCGGACUACUGUCUCAGAUUAUUGUCUACCAUAGAGAAAUAUUGUGUGAGUUUUUAUGACCCGGAAAAGGACGAAUACUUGGAGACCGCCGCUCACUACCAACAACAGAUUAACACUUGGAAGAGCACAAUAAGGAACAAUCUUGAAAAUGUUAAAAAGCUACAGAAAGACUUCCAUGAAAGAAUCAUUCACUAUACGAUGUUCACAACACCUGUUAUCACAUUUUGUAAGAAAAACGAAUGUGAACAGGUUCCUUUUCUUUUCCUUUUCGCAGACGCGUGUACAAACAUUCGUGCUGCCAUGGCGAUCAUGACGACAUGGCUGCAAGCAGACGAAAACUAUCCCAUCUUUUUACGCAAUGAUAUUGAUGAUAUGGAACGAAAUAAGGAGGACAAGAUUCGGUGCAUGCGUGACGCCAAGACUCGUUUUCAUUCUGUUACGUACAAACUCAAUCAUGCUGAAAUCGAACUUGACGCCGCGAAGGCGGAAAUCGAAGGAUGGAAAGAGAAGGAGGAGGCUCUGCGGGUUGAAAAAGACUACCUUUUUAAUCUUCAAAGUGAGUUGCAACAAGAAUGUGACUUUAAAGAAUUUCGACGCGACGAACUUGCGAAAAACAAAGCUGACUUUAGUCCAGACGACUAUAACGAAACAUACGACAUGCUCACGGAAGAAAUUCGUUAUGUUCGAGAUCGGAUGCCCCUUGUUAAGCGACAGCUGACAGCAGCGGAGCACAAACUAGAAUGGAUGGCUGAUAAAAGGCAUGCAUAUAGAAAGAUUGAAAAGGAAGUGAAGCAGUUCAAACUGGAGCUAAAGCAAGCAAAGGUUGAACGUCAACAAAGAGAGAACGAAUUUACGGAACUAGAAAAUGCCCUUGAAGUGGCAAGACGAAUUCAUCGCUUCAAGACAAGCACGGACGCAGCCGAAAAAAUAUAUUUCUGUCUUCCCAUGGGACCAAAGCAGUCACAACAUCUUGGAUCAUUAGAUGAUAAAAUGACAAAAGCAAUUGGAGUCGUAUGCCGCGAAAUAGAUCAGGAUUGGAUGCUUCUGUACAGGACGUUGCCAUUCUAUCCAAAACGAGGUUCUGAAACAAUAGAAAAGGACAUCGCGUCUGUGAACGUGGAAAGCGCGAGGGGGCCAAAAGAAGGGAGGGCAAUGGAAGCCCUGACGAGAUGGAGACGUCAUCACACACGUGCUAAACUUGAUGACCUUCUUGAGACUCUCAAGAAAAUCAGACGACAAGACAUUUUGACGGAAAUUGACAAAGUUUUGAAUCCGCCUAAGUUGAUUGACGAGGAAGAGCAGGAGAUUUAUGUGCCCCCUAGUGUCGCUCCGGAGUUAGUUCCCUUUUACAAAGAACUUGAGAGAUACGAUCAACUGCGAAAGGCUCAUAAAAAUAGAAGGAAAUCUCUACUGGCUCAAAACAAAAAUGCACAAAAGCAAAAGACAUGACCUUUUUCAUUGGUGCAAAACGAAUGUUGUGUUUAAAACAUGACAGGAUAAAAUUCUUUAUGUAAAAUAAUUUUUAGGCAGUUAAGUUACUUUUUCUU